UGUUUGCUACUUUAAUCUUCUACCUAGCCUCUCUAAAUGCUUCAAAGACAACGUCCCACAAGUACCCUCCUCAAAGCUUCAUCGGCAUCAUCAACUACUUCCAGCUAAUUUCAGAAUAAUAAAGCAUUCUAAGCACAGUGUCUCCUCUUCAAAGCUGAGAAGUUUGGAAGAAAGCCAUAGCAGAUAAUAAAGAACAUCUUUACCGUUAUUUCCUGCUUCUAAGACAUGUACGAAGUGUGAUGGUACCCACCAGAAGCUUCUUCAACUGCUGCCUACUCUCAAAGUCCAAGUCUCUGUCAAGGUUAUGACCUAAUUGCAGACAGACCAGAAACUACAGAAGUCACUGAACAAGAAAGAUUACGAAAAAUUCUAAGCCUCCUGCUCAAGAUGAAGAGCAAGUCCUCUGAAAUCUUGGUCAAGCAGGGGUACGAAAUGCAUAAAGAAGAGAUGUACUUUACCCCACUCGAAGCUGGACUCUAAAAUAUUCU